CCAUUGGGCAAAGUCCGGGUAGACAUUUCUAGGCACAGGGAUAAAAAAGAUAACAGUUUUGACCAUAUCACCUCCCUGAGCAGUUUGUCAUCCGAACGUCCAGUAGCGUUAACUCGUCGAGAUGGCUGACAACAGGGAUAAAGCUGCGGACCAAAUGAAGAUAUGGAAAGAAGGCAGAGGCGUCCAGAGGCCUGAAACACUGACCACAGGGGCAGGCCAUCCUAUUGGAGACAAGCUCAAUGAGCAGACUGCUGGACCAAGGGGCCCCCUGCUGGUCCAGGAUGUUGUCUUCACAGACGAGAUGGCCCACUUUGACCGGGAACGGAUCCCAGAGAGAGUGGUGCAUGCCAAAGGGGCGGGGGCGUUCGGCUACUUUGAGGUGACUCACGACAUCACUCGCUACUCCAAGGCAAAAGUGUUCGAACAUAUCGGCAAGAUGACACCUAUCGCAGUCCGCUUCUCCACUGUGGCUGGUGAGUCCGGAUCAGCUGACACAGUGAGAGACCCCAGAGGAUUUGCUGUCAAGUUUUACACCGAGGAGGGCAACUGGGACCUGACGGGCAACAACACCCCCAUCUUCUUCAUCAGGGACGCCUUGCUGUUCCCGUCCUUCAUCCACUCCCAAAAGCGCAACCCUCAAACCCACAUGAAAGACCCCGACAUGGUGUGGGACUUCUGGAGCCUGCGACCUGAGAGUCUUCAUCAGGUGUCUUUCUUGUUCAGCGAUCGAGGUUUGCCUGAUGGCUACCGUCACAUGAACGGCUACGGCUCUCACACCUUCAAACUGGUCAACGCUGAUGGCGAGUGCUUCUAUUGCAAGUUUCACUACAAGACUGAUCAAGGAAUAAAGAAUCUACCAGUGGAGGAGGCAGACCGCCUCACGUCAACCAACCCAGAUUAUGCCAUUGGAGACUUGUUCAACGCCAUUGCCAAUGGAAACUUCCCAUCUUGGACCUUUUACUUCCAAAUUAUGACCUUUGAGCAGGCUGAGACGUUCCCGUUCAACCCCUUUGAUCUUACCAAGGUUUGGUCACACAAAGAGUACCCUCUGAUCCCUGUGGGCAAAUUGGUGCUCAAUAGGAACCCUAUGAAUUACUUUGCAGAGGUGGAGCAGCUGGCUUUCGAUCCCAGCAACAUGCCACCAGGUAUCGAGGCCAGCCCUGACAAGAUGCUGCAGGGACGUCUCUUCUCCUACCCAGACACUCAACGGCACCGGCUGGGAGCCAACUACUUGCAGAUCCCUGUCAACUGUCCAUUCAGGACACGUGUGACCAACUACCAGCGAGACGGUCCAAUGUGCAUGUUUGACAACCAAGGUGGAGCCCCAAACUAUUAUCCCAACAGCUUCAGUGCUCCAGAUGCCCAGCCUCGGUUUGUGGAGUCCAAGUUUAAGGUGUAUCCAGAUGUGGGCCGUUACAACAGUGCCGAUGAAGACAAUGUCACACAGGUUCGGACCUUCUACACUGAGGUGCUGAAUGAGGAGGAGCGAGAGAGACUUUGUAAGAACAUGGCUGGGGCCCUGAAGGGAGCCCAGCUCUUCAUCCAAAAGCGUAUGAUUGAGAACCUGAGGGCUGUCCAUUCAGACUACGCAAACAGGGUCCAGAACUAUCUCAACAAAUUCAGCAGUGAAGCCCAAAAGAAUGCACCUGUGCAUGUCUACACCCGUCCAGGAGUGUCUGCCAUCGCUGCAUCCUCCAAGAUGUGAUGCCUUUCAUGUCCACUAGGGGCAGCACCUUCCCGUAUCUCAGAGCAAAUGCACUUCUAGCACUGCUAGUUCGAGUAACAAGAUUGGACCUUACAAUUACUGUAGAGACAAGACUGAAAUACUAACUUUAAGUAUGAUUGUUGGGGUUUUCAUUUGAAUUCAGUCCAUCCAAAUGGUUAAUGCAUUUUAAAAUUCUCUCAGCAGUCUACAUUCGGGAGAUUUGAAGUCUAACCCCACCCUUCUUUCAACUAGAGUUAGUGAAAAUUGUUUCCAAUGAUUUCUCAGGCUGUGUUUGUACUAAUAUAUGUUGGAUUGAUUCAUCUGUUUUUCUUCGACUGAAGUAAAACAAAUGUCUGCUUGUAACAUUCAAAUAUUAUUUCAUACCGGAAAUGUUCUGCAUGAAUCUUGAAUGGAGGAUCAAGUUGUAAAAUGAUUAAUUUAUGUUAGAUAAUUGGCUCAUGGCUUUUCCAGUAGCAUUAGUUUGGAUGGUCAGCAAUGAUGAGUUUUAACUCGUCUUCUGUGUGAAUUACUGAACCACUGGUAAUUUGAAUUUACCACAAACAAAAAAGUGCACAUUGUAUUUUUACAAGUGGAUAUUCAAACUAGAACGUCUUUUCUCUGUCUUGACUAGGAGGGCUGUCAUUAUGGCCACAUGCAUACUUGUAUUCACAAAGAUAAUUAUUUCAACUUAAUCAAAAAGUCCAUAGUGCCUUUUUCUGUACUAAAACUACCAAAUACAGAUUCAUUUACAGUAACCUCAAACCAAAAAUGUAUUAUUUUCUUUGCUGUUUAGUAUACGAUAUAUACAGUAUACAAUAAUAUACUCAUAUUAUUUCAGUGGAGUUUAGAUUUCUGCUAUCAGGCACCAGAUGAAUUAUUUGCUGAACUGAAGCAGUAAAUUUACAGUGUUUGAUCUGAAAAAUAAAUGGCCACUAUUUCCCUUCAUUUAGUUUUCUCUCAGACUCACUAGAGUUUAAUUUACGUUCAUGUUAGUAGUUUUAAUGUGGCGUAAAAGACCUCUAACCCAAUACUCAGUUUAACUUUCUCUGUCCCAUAUACACUGUAUGAACUGCUAUUUGAUAACUCUCAAAUGUGCUGAAUUUUUUAUAUCAAUGUUGAGUUGCGAAUCUGUUUCAGAUAAGAUCUGUAUUUAGUGCCUGUAUUCAUUUGUGAUCAAAGCUUAACAGCAGCUGUCA